AUGAAGUACGUCCAACUUGGCAGCAGUGGCCUUCGAAUCGCUCCGAUCGGUGUUGGAUGUAUGAGUUAUGGCGACCCAGAGGGCCGCUAUCCGUGGUGCAUCGCAGAAGUAGAUGCGCUGCCAGUCCUCAACCAUUGCUAUGAAUCUGGGCUCAAUUUCUUUGAUACAGCAAAUAUGUACUCCAACGGCGUUUCUGAACAGAUCCUAGGCAAGGCUAUCAAGAAAUACAACUGGCGCCGCGAGAAUAUCGUCAUCGCAACUAAGGUAUGGGCGCCCGUCGGCCAUGGUCACGAGCAGCCGAUAGCUAUGACAGAUGAGCAAAGAGACAACUCUGGCUACGUCAACCAGUACGGUUUGAGCCGCAAACACAUCUUCGAGAGUCUCGAUGCCAGUUUGAAGAGACUCGACUUGCCCUAUAUCGACCUGCUCCAGAUCCAUCGUUUCGAUCCAUCCACUCCCGUCAAGGAAACCAUGGAGGCACUCCACGAUGUUGUUAAAUCUGGCAAAGUGCGCUACAUCGGUGCUUCCUCGAUGUGGGCCCAUCAGCUCCUUGAGUACCAGUACACCGCUCGUCUCCAUGGCUGGACCGAGUUCAUCUCUAUGCAGAACCUUCACAACGCCAUAUACCGUGAAGAGGAGCGCGAAAUGUACCCUGCCUGUGCUAAGUUUGGUAUGGGUGGGAUUCCCUGGAGUCCCAUUGCGAUGGGCUUCUUGGCUCGUCCCUGGCGUGAUUUCUCGACCACUUCCCGUGGGGACACUCAAGGGCAGGGUUUCCGUGGCCAGCCCACAACUGAAGUAGACAAGAAGAUCAAUGAGCAGAUCGAAAAGAUUGCCAAGGAAAGGGGUGUAUCCAUGGCCACUGUGGCAAUCGCUUGGUCAUUGUCUAAAUCUUUCAUUACAGCUCCAAUUUUGGGAUUGAGCAAGAAGGAGAGAGUUGACGAAGCAGUCCAUGCCAUCUCACUUGAGCUUACAUCCGAGGAACUGAAGAGUAUUGAUGACCUGUACGAGCCAAGGGAGAUCAUCGGACAUGCAUGA